AAAUGAGGGAUUGAUGUCGAUCGUGCGUCAGGACGUAGGCUGUGCGUCAGAUGUCACGACGUCCAGUCGGGGCCGGUGCCGGUGCCAGGCCUACUGUUGGAGGCUUCCCGGACUUUGGCCGGCGGAGUGGGAGCAGCUAGGUGGCCUGCAGCCUGUCCGAUCCGAUGCGCAGGCGGGAACGGCAACAGCCAGGAGUUUAUUCAGGUCGGGACCGCGGCCUCGGACCUUGCAGUAACUGCAGCUCGGGAAUGGCUUGGUGCUUGGGCAGCUCGAGUGGUCCUGAAACAGCCCCAUCCCAAUAGGGGCUUCACCAGAAGGCAGAGCUGUGUUCACUGUGAGCGGGCUUGGGCUCUCUGCACCCAGAGUGGGGUUCACUUUAGGUGGGUUUCACUAUAAUCGGGGUUUCGACACCCUAGGGCAGUGAGAGCGGGUUCCUUUGUCAGUUUGUGACCCUUCCAUAUUCAUCAGCGUCCCCUUGCCCUGACUUAGAAAAACAUCUUCCUGUACAAAUAGCAAUAAUGGGAGAUUGAUAUGAACAAUCAGGAAAAUCUCACUGAGGUUGAUCACCCCCUUCUUGCUUCAAGUCAAUGCAUGAAUGGGGUGAGGAUGGAUGAUCAAGAACUGGAAAAUGAUGAUGAAGUAAAUGUGGAAACUGUCCUGACUGAGGUUAGUAGAGAUGGCUCUGAGGAAAACCUUCAAGGCAGCAGGAAUGCCAAUGGAGAGGGCUUGGGGGAUGACUUUUAUGUGGAUAAACACUGUGUGCUUGUGAACGAAAAUAUUAACGGAGAUGACAACCGUCCGGACAAUUUGGAACUAGAAAACUCAAUGACUAAAGGAGGCAGUGCCUCUGUUGGUGCUGUGCACUUGUAUCCGGCAAACCUAAAUGCAGAUUCUGAAAAUAAUUUGAUUGAAGAUGGUGUGAUAGACUUCAGUUCAGGAACUGACAACACAGAGGAAACUUCAGACCUUCAAGAUAAUAAGGAUGAUGAUCACUGCCAGAUCAAACUGCUUUUGGCUCAACUACGCCUUUAUGAACAGGGCACGGUGACCUUGGAAAAUAGAGCAAAACUGGCUCCCCAGCCUUCCCAGUUUGAUGGUUUUACUUUAGAAAGUGGCAGCAAAUUCACAACCGAUGGAGAGACUGAUUUAUUGACAGGUGAUGACAGGCAACGAUUUGGCAUGAUUAACCAUCAGGAUGAUUUGACUGAGAUGAAUCAUGAGCCUUUCAUGUCAACUGAGAGACCUAAAAGUUUGAACAGUAAUGAAAUGGAAGAUCUGGUUCAUCAUGACAACGAACUAAUCCAAGUAAGUUGUCUUGGCUCAGGAUCUAGUGUUAUCGGCCACGUGGUUUGUAAUGAUCAGACUAUGGGUACAUUCAGUCACUCACCAGAAGGAACUGAUAGAAAACGCAGAACCUCACGAGAAGCUUGCUGUUGGCUAGAAGCCUCAUCUGGGAAUGAGUUUGGUCAAUCUGAGGAAAACAUUGAGAGAAUGCUCCAGGAUCAACAAACUCCCGAUUUCUGUCCAGACAAAGAUAGGUCAAUUGAUGAUGAUUCAAAUUCCCCCCUAGAUUGUGGACCAUUAUUUAGGCUGAAGAAAGACUGGAGGAAAGAGGGAGAGGCUUUGUCUUUAGCCCUUAAAGAGUUAAAGGAAGAGGUCGAGAAUAUUAGCAAAUCCUUUCUGCCUGAAGAUGGUGUUGAGCACAUUGAUCUGGAGAAGCAAGGCACUUGCCACGCAGAAAGCUGUGUCUAUGAACAUAAUAGACAGCCAAAGAAGAAACUUUCUUACCCAGCAUUUAAAGAAGUGUCGGGACCCUGCGAUUCUGAGGAUCUCCUUGAUGGAAUCAUAUUUGCAGCAAGUUACCUUGGGUCAACCCAACUGUUCUCUGACAAAAAUCCAUCAACCAGCGUCCGAAUGUCACAAGCGCAGGAAGCAGUGGGGAGGAUAAAGGCACCAGAAGGAGAGUCGCAGCCAAUGACUGCAGUGGAUCUGUUCAUAUCAACGCAGCGAAUUAAAGUAUUGAAUGCAGAAACACAGGAAACCCUGAUGGAUCACCCUCUGCAGACCAUUUCGUACAUUGCAGAUAUUGGAACUACAAUAGUUUUCAUGGCUCGCCGACGACUGCCACGUAAAUCCCCAGACCGGGAGACCGGGAACUCUCCUGCUGGAAAACGAGAAUACAAGAUGAUAUGCCAUGUCUUUGAGUCAGAAGAUGCAUCACUUAUCGCACAAGCAAUAGGCCAAGCAUUCACUGUGGCAUACCAGCAGUUUCUAAAUGCUAAUGGCAUCAAUCCUGCGGAUCUGAGUCCUAAUGAAUAUAAUGAUUUACUUGAUACUGAGUUUUACAACGGGGAUCUAGUACACUUCUCCAAAUCGGAGAACUCCAAAGAGGUCCGUAUAGAAAAGGCAAAGGGAGAGAUCCUUGGCCUUGUGAUAGUGGAGUCUGGCUGGGGUUCCAUCCUUCCCACAGUGGUGAUAGCCAACCUCAUGCAUGGUGGGCCCACAGAACGAUCAGGAGAAUUGAACAUCGGUGACCAGAUCAUUUCUGUAAAUGGCACUAGUUUAGUUGGACUGCCACUUGCCACCUGCCAGGGCAUAAUCAAGGACUUGAAAUACCAGUCUGAAGUGAAGCUCAACAUUGUACGCUGCCCACCAGUCACAACAGCUAUUAUCAAACGACCAGACCAAAAACACCAGCUCGGAUUUAGUGUACAGGAUGGCAUUAUCUACAGCCUCAUGAGAGGUGGAAUUGCAGAACGAGGUGGAAUCCGAGUAGGGCAUCGCAUCAUUGAAAUAAAUGGACAAAGCGUUGUUGCAACUCCACAUGAAAAGAUUGUGCAAAGACUGUCGAAUGCCACUGGUGAGAUACACAUAAAGACGAUGCCAGCUGCUACAUACAGACUGCUAACAGGACAGGAGCAACCAAUAUACAUAUAAAAAAAAAAGGAUCAUCACUGCUAGCCAGCUCAAACAUUUUGGGAUCUAAGGCUUCCACAUUAACAUGGCUUGGUUUACAGUGCCUCGAUAAAUUACAGCACCAUUUUUAAUUGGCAUGUUCAAGAGAUGACUUAACACAAUCGUUCUACUCUGCACUAAAUUGGCUGCCAUCCAGGAGCUAAGAGCUACAGCAUUACCACAGGCCAGCGUGUGAGAGGAAGAAAUAAGUCAACUUCUUGGGUAGGCAGGCCUACAUGCUACACAUUGGAGAUGCUACCACAGAAAUGGAAUGUGGCAUUGUGCGUUUCAUGGAAAAGAAUUCAUACCAAGCUUUUGCCAUAUCACCAGCACAAAUUAGUUAUCACAUGGCAUCUGUAAGCAAGCUCCAUUGUUUUAUUUAAGUAGAAUCUCACAUGGAUUAAUUUUAUCAUUGGUAAGGGCAUGAGCUUGACAACUAUCUUAACCAACUGAUUUAUUUAAAAAUAGAAUAAACAGACCAGUGUGCCACAUUUUUGUUUAAAAGCACUAGGGAUAACGGCAUGUAUGUCAUCCCAGAGAGCAUGCACAUCUGACCCUUUCUUAUGUGAAUACUGCCUUUCCAACAGCACGGCUUCCUGAGAUAAGGACUUCAGAUUCAGUUUACGUUCUUGAGUUUUGCUUUGGCCUAUACAAAAUGCAGUUUACAACUUUCUGUUAAAAAUUCAAGGUACAGUUACAGUUGCUAAAAUUAGUGCCUAUAAAUAAGGAGACAAAAAUAUGUCUGGGGUUCCUUCUUCUGAUCACUAUUCAGUGAUUCUUGCUGGAAAGCGCACAUAUGGUUGAGGAACAAGGACAGAUUGGGCUCAUUGAAAUAUCCUGCUGACUCUUAAUGUCUCACACAAAUGCCCACUUUGUUAAGUUGCUGACAGGCUGUUUGCACUCUUAGAACUGCGUCCAAAGCCAGUUUCAAAGCCCAUGAACCUGCUUCCCAACAAAGGUCAGCACCCACGGAACUAUUCCCAUGGGACCCCACUUCACCAGUAUAAAGUAAAGUUUAGAUUUAUACAUAUAGGAGAGCUCUAUUUUAGUUCAUAUUUUAUUCAUGUACACCCGGGUGUUUAAAGUAUGACAGGGAAUUUUAAAACAACAAAGCUUUACUAUUUUGGAGGAGGAAUUUGUCUCUCAGAAAUUUAUUGAAAGAACAAAUCUGGUUACCAUCCAGUGACUCCCACUGGAAUGUUUGUGGACAUCAGGGUUAGGCAUGGCUGUGAUACACUCCACAAUAGAAAAGACUGCUGGCACUUACUGUCUAGGUUCCUGUGAGGAACAGCCAGUUGGAUGAUGGCCUAGAGUGAUUAAUGCCUCUAGAAGUUAACCCCUAUCAGUUAUUCUUUCAGUAGAAGAGAGAUGGAAAGUAGUUUUUGGUGGGGGAAGGAAAUUAAGUGCAUUGAAAAGAUUCUGAGGAUACCUCACUUACGAAUACUUGCCUUUGGUGCCUUGAAAAGCACCAUUAAACUUAUAGUACUUAACGUGCUUAGGGUGCUUAUUAAGAACUAUAGUUCUGACUUGACUCCAAUGCAUACAACAAUGUUUGUACAGUGUUUCGUAUUCACAAGGACUUACUGUUAACUGUUGAGAAAAAGGCUACCCUCAUGGCUCAGUUGAUAACUGCACCAUCUGAUGUGUUAUUGAACAAUACAGACAGAAGGACCCUGUUCAGGCAUUGAUCUGUGCUGAAUUAGCUGAUCUCAGCCGAGACUGUUCACAGCAGAGUAGGAUCAUGGGAUAUUAUAAUUUCUAUCAAUGCCCCUGAGCAAGGAAGAGGAGAAGAAUCAGCCCAGAGCUCCUGCACCUUAUCAUUAUCAUUUCCCUGCUGGAAAAUACUUAGGUGAUGGCUGUGAGCUUCUCAGAUCUGUGGCACUGUACCCCAUCAAGAGUCAGUGUCUUCAGACAAGAGGGAGGAGAACUUGAGGGCAGGAAACUCUGCAACCCUCAAUGCAUCAAAACUAUUCUCUUGAGCUGUAUCCUUAUACUAUAUCAUUUACAUCGGAAGUUAAUAACCAGCGAACUACUCUGAUCAGAGUUUGAUCCAUGUAGUGUUUAACCAUACACCUGUAAUUUGCCUUUACUACAUGGGUCUGCCCUGAAUUCUUCCAAAGGAAUGUGCUAUUGACGUGUGAUAUUUAGGUAUUUUAAAUGAAAGUGAGAGAAUGGGCAGAUUGUUGAGUUUUUAAGUAAUUAUAUAAUAAUGCUUCCUUUAUGUGGUGCUCAUUUACAUUUUUCAUCGCAAUAAACAGUUAAUAUGG